CCAGAGAUUAGUAUUAUCGAACAGAGUAUUCAAGCCAGAUUCAAAGUGCAUUUUAGCUGCCAGUUCCUUCUAGAAUUUCAUAUACUCAGAUUUUUUUUUUCUUUUUUCUGUUCUCUCAUAAUCUCUCUGCCGAUUCUGUUUCUACUUGUUCAAUCUUCAUUUCUUCAAUCUAAUACUUUCCUAAAUGACCCGAGGUUAUGGCACCCUCUCUCUGCAAAAAGAGUUAAUUUGAUAUAUACUCUGUAGGAUUGCGCUUCUCCGAGCUCUCGCUUUUGAAAUCCAGCCAUGGUAUCGUGUCCCGUUUUGGCCGGCUCAAAGGUAUUGCCUUUUGGUGUUUUCCUGCCGAACGGCAAUUCAGUUUCUUUCAGACAUUGUCACAAACACCUGGAAGGCACUUUUCCAGCGAAGAAUUUACACUCCAAUGCAUGCUUCAAGCUCAGCAAGACCUAUCUGAGUUCUUCUCUAUCAUUACGGAGACCCUCUGAACGUUUUUCUUUUCUGCCAUUGAAAUGCUCCGGUUCACACUCAUCUGCAAAGUCUGAUGAUGGGAACGUGUUCGGGAAUAGCCUGAGAAAUCUCUCUGUGGAAUCGAUAAAAUCAAACAUUUCUGAGCUGACCCCGUUCUUGAAUAGCAUGAGAAAUCACUCUGUGGAAUCGAUAAAAUCGAGCUUUUCUCAGCUGGCCUUGUUCUUGGAAAGCCUGAAAAAUCACUCUGGGGAAUUGAUAAAAUCGAACUUUUCUCAGCUGACCCCUUUUGAUUUGUGCAAGUGGUCUGUGGUGAUUGCAAUUGCAAUUGCAGUGCCGAAGUGGAUUGUGAGUGCAGUGUUCAACCCAUUCUUCUGGAUGUAUUUUAGCUGGACUUGGCUGUUCUGGCCAUGGAUGGCGGCGAUUGUGAUUGCAGUGUAUGGGUUUUAUUGCCUUAACAAACAUUUGCGCGGUGAUGCCAAUGUGUUUGAGCAACUUGCUAUUGUUACUUCUGCGUUUACUUGGCUGACAUUAGUCCCACCUGCUCACUUCAAUGGAUUCCUCGAAGGGUGGCCAUUUGUGUUCUUUUUUGUGUACCAUUACUUCUUUUUCUUCAAUGUGAGUGUUCGGAAGCGUCUAUAUGGUGAUUUCUUCCCCAGAGAGCACGAUCCCAAGUGGGACAUUAGCCUUCCUAAUUGGCAGAAGCUGUUAUUCGGUGCUGGGGUUACGGUUGGGCAUUGGAUUGCAGCAUUCGAAGGACCAGAAUUGCAUCUCAUUCCUGGUGGCUGGAGCAAUGCUGGUGUCUGGGGUUUGAUCAUCAUGACACUGUUCAUGCAGUAUCAUUCAACAUUGUACUUAGCCAAUUAUUCGGAAAAGGUUGUGGUGCCCACUGCAGUUGUGCAGUUUGGGCCUUAUCGGUUUGUUCGCCAUCCCAUUUAUGCGUCAACCAUGCUCCUGUUUGCUACUUAUUGCAUCGCGUUGAGGGCACCUCUGAGCACUCUCUUCACCGUUGCAGUUUGCUUGGUGUACUAUGGUCAAAAGGCCGAAUUAGAGGAAGUGUUGAUGGUAGAGACCUUUGGUGAGAGAUAUUUGGAGUACUCUAGGAAAGUUAAAUAUAGAUUCCUCCCUUUUGUUUAUUAGUUUGAGAUGAAAUUAGUAUUGCAGGAUGUCCUUUUAUCUGCAAGUUGCUGAGAAAUGGCAUCAAAUUGCUGAGAAUUUUAUGACCUUUGUAGUUCCAAGAAGAUUGCAAGACUGAAAAGAUGUUUGCUUUGUGCCUCUUUCAUAAUCUUUCUGUGAGUUUGGCUGAAAACUAAUAUCAUUUGAAUAGGAUGGCAUCUUUUGUAUGUGCAAUUUGCUUGUGUGUUUAUCUGUACAAGGCUAUAGUUGAAUCUGUUGAAUCCAAGCUCACUAUAUGACUAGAUUA